AUGAUGGACCAGAAUCAACAUUUGAGUAAGACAGCAGAGGCACAACAUUCUGAGAAAAGGAAAACUAGAAACUACUGCAAUGGAUUCAAGAUGUUCUUGGCAGCCCUGUCACUCAGCUUUAUUUCUAAGUCACUAAGUGCAAUCAUUAUGAAAAGUUCCAUCACUCAAAUAGAAAGGAGAUUUGACAUAUCAUCUUCUACUGUUGGCUUAAUUGAUGGAAGCUUUGAAAUGGGAAAUCUGCUUGUGAUUGUAUUUGUGAGUUACUUUGGAGCCAAAUUACACAGACCAAAACUAAUCGGAAUUGGUUGCUUCGUUAUGGGAGUUGGAAGUAUUUUGACUGCUUUACCUCAUUUCUUCAUGGGAUAUUACAGGUAUUCUAAAGACACUGCUAUUAAUCCAUCAGAGAAUUCAACAUCAAGCUUAUCAGCUUGUUUGAUUAAUCAAAAUUUGUUACUCAAUAGAACAUCACUGGAGAUAGUGGGAAAAGGUUGGGAAAAGGAAUCUGGGUCACAUAUGUGGAUAUAUAUUCUAUUGGGUAAUAUGCUUCGUGGAAUUGGGGAAACGCCCAUAACACCCUUGGGGAUUUCUUACAUUGAUGAUUUUGCUAAAGAAGGACAUUCUUCUUUUUAUUUAGGUAAUUUGUUUGCAGUAACAAUGAUUGGUCCAAUCAUUGGCUUUUUACUCGUAUCUCUGUUUUCUAAAAUGUAUGUGGAUAUUGGAUACGUAGAUCUGAGCACUAUCAGAAUAAAUCCUAAGGACUCUCGUUGGGUUGGUGCGUGGUGGCUUGGUUUCCUUGUGGCUGGACUAAUAUCCAUUAUUUCUUCUAUACCAUUCUUUUUCUUGCCCAAAAAUUUGGAUAAACCAAAGAAAGAAAAAGAAGCUUCAGUAUCUUUGCCUGUGCAAAAUGAGGAAAAGAGUCAAAUGGCUCAUUUGACCAAACAGGGGCAAAAUGUUAGUGGAACUGUAGCUGGUUUUUUCCAGUCCUUGAAAAACAUCCUUACCAAUCCCCUGUAUGUUAUAACAUUAUUUUUGACACUGCUACAAGCCAGCAGCCAUAUUGGAAUUAUUACUUAUGUCUUCAAAUAUGUAGAACAGCAGUAUGGCCAGUCAGCAUCUGAGACUAGCAUUUUGUUUGGGUUCAUAACCAUACCAACUUUUGCAUCUGGAAUGUUUACAGGAGGAUAUAUCAUUAAAAAAUUCAAAUUUACCUUGGUUGGAAUUGCGAAAUUUUCACUUUGUAGCCAUACGUUGGCCUUCCUAUUUCACCUAUUAAAUUUUGCACUAAUCUGUGAAAACAAAUCAGUUGCUGGACUAACCUUGACCUAUGAUGGAAAUAAUCCAGUGGCAUCUCAUAUAAAUGUACCACUUUCUUAUUGCAACUCUGACUGCAAUUGUGAUCAAAGUCAAUGGGAACCACUCUGUGGAGACAAUGGAAUAACUUACAUAUCACCUUGUUUAGCAGGAUGCAAAUCUUCAAGUGGCAGCAAAAAGUCUGUUAUGUUUCAUAACUGUAGUUGUGUGGAAGUAAAUGGUUUCCAGAGCAGAAAUAACUCAAUGAAGUUGGGUGAAUGUCCCAAAACUGAUCAAUGUACAAGAAAAUUUUAUGUUUAUAUAGUAGUGCAAAUAUUUAUAUUUUUUUCUUCUGCAUUGGGAAGCACCUCAAAUAUCAUGCUGGUUUUUAAAAAUGUUGAACCUGAACUGAAAUCACUUGCCAUGGGUUUCCAUGCACUAACUAUUCGAACACUAGGAGGAAUUCCAGCUCCUAUAUAUUUUGGGGCUCUGAUUGAUAGAGCUUGUAUGAAGUGGUCUGUCAAUAACUAUGGGAAGCAAGGGUCUUGUCGGAUAUACAAUUCCACAUUAUAUGGAAAUACUUUCUUUGGCUUGACUACAUGCUUAAAACUCCCAGCUCUUGUUUUAUAUGUUGUAUUAAUUUCUGUUAUGAAGAAAAAAAAUCAAGGAAAAGAUAUCAAGGCAUCAGAAAAUGAAAGAAAAUCCGUGAAUGACGUGAACUUAGAACCGUUAAGUAGUGAUGCUGGAGUGGACCGUGAAACACAUAUUUAA